AUGGGACGCAUUCGCGAGACGGUUCUCGCCCGAGAAGCCGUUCACGAAGACGAUCUUCUAGCACGUCGAAAAGUCGAAGAAGUCGUGACCGGCGAACCACCGAAAAAAGUAUGGAUGCAAGUCCUAAUAGCCGCUCAAAUAGCCACUCACCGUCGCCAUCAAAUGGUAGAGGAGAUGAGAGCUCUCCGACACGUCGGGACAGAGGUCGUUCGGUAUCAAGAAGUCGCAGUGAAAGCGACCAUGAAACAAGAAGCCGAAGCGAAUAACUUGUUCUUGCCUUUAUCGCGAACUUGGGUAAAUUCAAUGACCUUGUUCCACGAUCUUUGUAGAAUCUGCCGCUCGCGCUCUCCUGAUUUCGAAAGAAGCGAGAUAUUGCGUGACUCUUGGGCUGCACUAAAACGACAGCCUGACAACUUCGAUGCUUGGAUUAUGAUUCUUACCCAGGCGGAUCAGUCUAAUGAUGUGAAGCUAGCACGCGAUAUUUAUGACCGAUUCUUGAAGAAGUAUCCAUACUGCUAUGGUUUCUGGAAGAAAUACGCGGAAAUGGAACGCCGUCAUCAAAAUUUUUCGGAUGCUCUAAGCGUAUGGGAACGUGGAAUACUUGCCAUACCAUUAUCUAUCGAUUUGUGGCUUGGGUUUCUUUCCUUCAUGCGAGAAUUAGCACCACAAUCAGACAGAGGAAUAGAGAAGCUGAGAGAGUUGUACGAUAGAGCAGUCUCGACCGCAGGUCAUGAAUUUCAUAGCGAUCGUCUUUGGCAAGACUAUAUCGCGUGGGAGGAAGCGCAAGGAGAAUGGCGACGAGUAGCUGAAAUUUAUGAUCGAUUGAUCCGCAUUCCCACUGCUUUGUACAAAAGUCAUAUGGAAAGGUAG